UUGAAGAAAAAGUGAGAGACUCUGUGAGGACUAGAGGUUUCGAGAAGGCUUCGAAGCAACUCAAGAGACUCUCUUCUUGGGUUUUUCUCUUUUCUCUUCUCCUUCUUCUUCAUGCUUUUAAGCUGUGAUUCUCGUUGUUGUUGAGCUUCAUUGAAUCAUUGAUCUUUCAUACAGAUCUGAUUUGGGUUUGUAGUUUCUUGAAUUGGGUUAGAUCUCUUCACAUCGACGGAUUGAAGGAAAACAAAAAAAGACUCUUGUUUUUACUUCUUUUGAUUUGUUGUUGGAUUGAUUAUGAAAUUGGGUGAGUUGAGCUAUUACACAGUUGAGAUUUUGUAACAUACUCAGCCAUAAAAAUGUAACAAAAAUUAUAACCUUUGUGUUUUUUUUUUUUUUUUGUCUUGCAUAGAAGGUGUUCGACAGAUUGCUCAAGAGAGAUAUUAAUCUGUUUUGUAUAGUGGUUUGAGAGUUUUACAUUUCAGAGUUUAGUUUUUAAUGUUAGUUACGAUGGAGAGAUCAGACGGUCUCAAGGGUCUACUUGAACAUUCACUGCCUACGACAAAUUCUACAAUUCUUCUUUCUCGGAAUUACGUUGUUCAACAAUUUCCAAGUUGUGAAGUGAAGGAGAAGGUAGACAGAUCAAGAGAAGUUCCAAAGUGGGAAACUUUGCAUAGAGACGUACUUGCUGUUAUUUUCGAUAAGCUCGAACUGAUGGACCUUACCUUGGGAGUUUCACGUGUAUGUACUUCUUGGUUCCUUGCCUCUCACAACAAAACUCUGUGGAACACUGUCGACCUCACUAAGCUCAAACAAGUGGACUUCUCCUAUUUUAUGGAGUUUGAGGAUCGAGUCCGACCUGUCAUCUUCUUUGAGCACCGGGUUGAUGAAGAAGAAGUAGCGAAAGGCCUAAGCUUUAGGAGUAUUUUUAUCAAGAUUAGUAAAUUCUUUUUUGACUAUAGUGUCGUACACCUAACCCUUAUGGGAUUACUCGAUGAGAUCACCAAGUUGAGCCGCAUGGCCCCGAAGAAUUUGUUCUUUCACUUCAGUUCCUAUGUAAAAACGGAGGAUCUCAUGUUUGCUGCUGAGAGGAUGCCAAACAUAGAGAAACUUGUUUUACCGGUCUGGUGCUAUAAAACCAAGGAGUCAUGUCAGUUUGUGUUCAGUCAAUGGAAGAAUCUGAAAACACUAAUCAUUGCUCAAGAUUAUCAGCUACGUAUCGGGACAUUCGACUUUCAAAUCGUGGGAGAAAACUGCAGUAACCUUACAAACUUCAAAUAUUUGGGUUUUUUGCAAGACAAGAAUGUUGAGCAAAUCGUGCGGUACCUCGAAAACCUCAAGAGGUUGAGUUUACGAUGCUCUUACGUCACAAUUGAUGGAGUUAUAUCGCUAAUCACAGGCCUCCAAAACCUCACAGUUCUUAAUCUCUCACAUUGCAUAUACUUGGCUUUGGAUCCUGACACGGUGCCUGAUGAUUAUUUUGUACAAGCCCCCAUUCAGAAGCUUGAAGAAUUCAUCAAAUGUACUCCUGAUUGCAAGAUUUGCAAACGUCGCUACUCCUGGUCGUAUCUCUCUGAGGAUUGAAUUCUGAAAUAUUGAAAAGCUUGGUAGACGUUUUGGAACAAAUGAUCAGACAUUUAACAUAUAUGAUGAAUGUUGUCUCACAAGUAUAGAUUGUGACUGAAU